GCUACUGAUGCAGUCAAUACAUGCAGAGUCCCUCCUCAUCUGUUAAAUGUUGCAUCCAGAUUAAUGGCUAAGCGCCUAAUGCUUCUUUCUGAGUAGGCUAUCGCUCGCUCUGAUAAAUUAGUGGCCAUAGUGAUACCGCGGUGCUUCGAGGAAAAAACAAUUAUGUGUUGAGGUCCGUGAGUCAUCGGGACCCCGGUGGUGGCGGCGGUGCCUGCGGCUUCUCCGUCGUGCUUCAGAUCGGAGCGAGGGGGUCAGUAUUGUCCACACAUCACCGAUCAGCGCGUGAACCCAACAAACCAAUCCGUAGUGACAGGAGGGCCUCAAACCCGGAUGACCUCCGGAGUGACGCGCCCCUCCGUGCGCCGUGUGAGUGCGGGGGGGAGCAGCGCCAGAGGAGGUGCGCAUGACUGCAGGUACUCUAGCGCUGUCGUAAAACGAGAGUCGGGAGCGAGUCCGCUAUCAUUAGAGCGAUGCCAGGGGUAACCAAGUACAAUUUAGUGGAUGACGUGCACGAUUUAAGGAUCCCCAUGCACAACGAGGAGGUGUUUAAGCAUGGGGUCUGCUUCGAAGCUAAGUACAUUGGCAGUUUGGAGGUGGGUCGCCCCGGCAGCCGAAUGGAGAUAGUCGCUGCCAUGAGGAGAAUAAGAUAUGAAUUCAAACUGAAGAAUAUCAAGAAAAAGAAGGUCAACAUUGUCAUAUCCACUGAUUGUAUCAAAGUGAUUUUGCGCAGAAAGAAAAAGAGAAAAGGCUGGUCCUGGGAUGAGAAUGCUACCUUGGUGACACAGGACCCCAUCUACAGGAUCUUCUAUGUCUCACAUGAUGCCCAGGACUUGAAGAUCUUCAGUUACAUAGCGAGAGAUGGACAGAGCAACAUUUUCCGCUGCAACGUGUUCAAGUCAAAAAGAAAAUCUCAGGCCAUGAGGAUCGUGCGGACGGUGGGUCAGGCGUUUGACGUGUGUCACCAGCUGACCCUGCAGCAGAAAAGCGACGACCAGGAGGAUGAGGAGGGGAAGGCGGAGGAAUCGGAGGCAGUGCCAGCAAAGAAGAGGUUUGCAUUGUCAGAGGAGGCUGACCUUGAAGCCACUACAGAGGAGAGCAUUGAGUGUGUCUCUUCAUCAGACCUGGAGAAGAGCAAAAAGGACGAGGCCCUUGGUAACGAUGGCAAGGUGUCCGAUGACCCAUCUCUCCUGCUAAGCUCCCCCAUCAUUGGAGCCUCUGUGUCGGGUCAGUCAGUGGCAGAGGCUCCCUGCUCUGAAGAGCACCAGGUCCAGCUCCUUCAGAAACAACUGCAGCAGCAGGAACAACAGGCUCUGGCAGCUUCAGCACAGGUCCAUGUGCUCCAGGACCAGCUGACGGUGGAAGUGUGCGCGCGGACUGAAGCCCAGGCCAGAGUGCAGAGGUUGCUGCAGCAGAACACCGACCUGCUGCAACACAUUUCCCUGCUGGUCAAACAGAUCCAGGAACUGGAGCUCAAGGCUGCUGGCCACUUAACAUCUAUGGGCUCCCAGGACAGUCUUCUGGAGAUAACUUUCCGAGCCAAGCCACCUAGCGUGCUUCGUGAACCGCUCACCUCUUCUUCAUCUACAGGCACUUUAGCAGCUCAGUCCCUGCUCCAGAUUAGUGACAGUGCCUGGGUCUCGGCCCUACCUGGGCCCUGCUCUCAAGGCACCACAGGCACCGACACAAGCCCUCUGGGGCUUGGCGGCAGUGGAGUUCGGCUGGAGUGCUUUCGCUUCUCCUCCAGGGGGCCGGACCGCCAAGAGCAAGGCCAGGACACAGGGGAGACACCCAGCGAUGGAGUCCCAGAUGAAAGCUCGGUGCUCGGGGAACAGGUCCUGGGAGCCCUGGAGCUGCUCCGGUUUAGGGAGUCAGGGAUCGGAUCAGAGUAUGAAUCGAACACAGACGAGAGUGAUGACCGGGACAGCUGGGGGCAGGGGGAGGGACUGGGUGCUGACGGUGCCGCUCGACUUUUUAACGUGCUGAAUGCAGAGAGUCUGUCGGACUGCUUAGGGGAUGAGAUGGCUGUGUAGUGGUGCUCCUAAAGCUGCACAAGGCAACAUUGCACUUAUGCACUAACCCAAUGGAAAACAGGUGAAAUUCAGAAUCUGAAGGACUUCAUUACACAGAAAUCAUGUAUUGUUAUGUAUUAGUAAACUGCAUCAUCUGUAAGUAUGAAUUAUUAGAUUCACCACUCUUCUGAGUAACGUUUUGAACUUCUGACAUUUAAGACAUUUAAAACAUUAAAAAAUGAACUAACAUUAUUGGCAGAAUGUGAAGAAGUAAGAGUUCUGACGUCAUGUCAAAAAUGUCUAGUAUUGUGUUGCAGAGAGAUUUCUACUGAAGUUAGCACGCUAACCAGCUAGCCUCAGCAGGUCCUGUCUCAUAACACCGCCGUGUACCUUAAGAAGUGAUAGUCCGAUAGUAUGGCUCAGGCCACCCCCAAUACUUUCAGCUGAGAGACAUGUGCAUGCAGCAAGAUUGUUACAUUACACAAGCUCUCUAAGCUUUUCGUUAUAUAAUAAUAAACAAACAAACAAACAAACAAAAUAAACUCGUAAAAUGUCACGACAGGAAAUAUUCUUACACACAUUUUUUAAAAUAAAAUUCACCAACAUCAUCUUGGUUAGGCUUUUCACUGUUCCAACAAUUACUAACUCUGGUUUGGUUGAAAUAAACCCUUACUUCACAGAGUUAGAUGUGGAAAUAUUCUGACUCUACAAUCUCUGAUGCCCGGAUGCCCGACCUCCCUCUCACUCUUCUCCCGCUUAAUGAACCUGCCAUGUCUUCGUCGUCCUCGGAGUCAGAGUCCUGGUUGGCACCACUGUACUCGGUACUGUAUUCCCUGUCGUCAAACUGGCCUCCCUCACUCUUGGAGGCUGUGUUUGGUCCCGAUCCACCUGAAAUAACAGAUAAUACAAAUAUUGUGGUGCUUCAGGCUCUCUCUGAAAAUCUCUGCUGUCUGUUAGUAUGUUACAUUCUGUGUGCGUGUCUGUUUGGUGAUUGUUGUACCUAUAAAUAUGUUUAGUUACCUUACUUGGUGCCGUCGCCACUCGCUGGGCUUGUUACACUGUGGUUGUGUCUGUGUUUAAGGAUUUGUGACACAUCCGGCAUGGACAUGGUAAUUUUUGCUGUUUUCUAAAGAUCUAUAAAGAAAAUAUCCCUUUGCCAAGUCUGUCUGGAUAUGUUGAUACAUUUUUUGUGUGAAAAUUAAAACCUUACUGUGCUUGUCAUGGCACUUAACCUGUAAUUACACAUGGGUUUAAAAAUGAGCAUGUAUCUCUCAGUAUGAUUUCUUUCUCUUUUCAUUGUAUAUAGUUUGAUUAACCUAUAUGUGCUGCAUAAAAUACAUAGCAUGAUUUAAUUCAUACUAUUCUUCAUCUUGUUUUAUAUUAUUAAAAAACAUCUUCUGAAGAUGCUGUGUGUCAGAGGGAAACAGCUCACUGUGUGCCGGUGCUGCUACAGUCUUGUCUCUGCUGUUUAAAAAUGUAGCCAGCAUGUACAGUAAGUAGUAUUUGUUAAUGCCGUACUGCGGCAACCAUGAACUGCUGCAUCACUGUUGCUCCACCCUUCGGAGAAUUCUUUGGAAAGUCCUGAAUUACUAAUUAAGAGAAAGAUGGAGGUGAAUGAGACUUCGGGACUCACUUCACAUCCUUCUGGCCAGCUGUGGCACCAGCUCAACCUCGCUGACUGUGAGCCAACACUUUGAAUCACUGAAUUGGGGACGUGUCUUGGAGCUCUUUCCAAAAUAGAUAAAUCUCUUCCUGCCCCUCUUCUCUCCCUCUUCCUCUCCCUCACUCACCUUCCUCCCCUCUUCCCUAAAGCUUGUCACCUCUUUCCCGCUCUCUUGCACUUACAAUCCUGUCUGCUGUAUCCAUCUAUCCAUAUUUCUCUGUCAGUCUCUCCCAAGGUCUGUUCACAUGAAGUGUACUAAAAAUUAAAGUGCACUUAAAUCAAUGUUUCUCCUU